AAAAAGUUGGAAAUUACAGUGAAUUUCUGCUCCCACUCUAUCUAUACUAUACUAUUCCUUCUCUGCCCUUUCUUACAUUUUAUUUUAUUUUUAUUUUUUGGGUACAAUUAUUAUUAUUAUUUAUACACACAUAUAUGUAUGUUUUUAUUUUUUGUUUUUAGUUUUUUUGAAUUUUAAUUGGGAUGCAAUGGAUACAGAUAAUAGUUUGUGCUAGCAGACGUUUCUACCGCCAUAUUCUUCUCAUCUUUCUUUCCCAGAUUCUUGUUUCAUAGUGAGUGCCCAUAUGAGUCGAGCCUUUUUUUAGCUUCCCUCUCUCUCUCUCUCUCUCUCUCUCUCUCUCUCUACUUGCUUGUUCCUCUCAUUUGUUUCCGUCAUCUUUAUAAUUCUUGGUGAAUUAUUGCUUCACUCUCUGUCUUUUAACUUUCAAAGUUUGGCUUACUUGGAAGAGUCAAAAACUUACUACUACACCACCCACAUCAUCUUCAUGUUUGAUUUCUUGAUUUUGUUAUAAAGAUUCUUUGUUGGUGGUCUCUUCUUGGGUUUUGUUUCUGAUUUGAUUUCUAAAUUUUGGGAAUCUUUGUUUGGGAGUUUGGUCCAUUUCUCCUUCUGGGUUUUUGGUUGGUAGCUGAGAGGAUAAAAAUCAAAAUUCUGUUUGGGAACUGGGAAUUCGAAUCUAGUGGACCUUUGAUUCUCUCUGGUGGGUGUGUUUGGGAUUUUCUUAUCUUUUUAUUUUUCUGGGUUUUCUUGCAUUUUAAUUGUGAAGCUAUAUUGGGUGGAUAAGGAAGCAUCUUCUCUCACCUCUUUUCAAUCUACGGAAUUUGGAUUUGGAAUUGGAGUUGGAGGUGGUGGGCUCAUCUUCUUCCUACUUCUUUGCUUCUUUCAACUUUGAAUUUUUAAAUUUUUAUGUUAGGUCGUCUAACUAAGUUUCUGUAGAUUUGACAGUGGUGGAGUUCAAUUUUUUUUUUUCUUUUUUUAUUUUAUGAAGUUAAAAAGCAGCCAAGACCCAGUUCAAUCUGAUACUGUUUGAACUCUUUUCUGGUUACUGUUGUGGAUGAGUUUUCUUCAUGUAAUUGGGUUUGGCUUGAAGGUUGGCCACCUACUGUUGAUGCUAUGUUGCUGGCUUUUCUCUGUGAUUUCCAUGAAUUGGUUCAUUAAUGGUGGAAUCAUGGAAACCAAGACUGGUUUUCUUGGUGAUGGCACAAAGAUUUGGGUGAAAUUUUGGGAGAUGAUCUCAGAAAUCACUAGUAAGAUCCACCAUCGAUACUACCAGUAUAUUGGGUCCAAGAAAGUGAGAAAAACAUGGUGGAAGAACCUUUUGGUCACUUGGAUUGUUUUCUGGACCUUAGCGUCUUUGUCUGUGUUCUGGUACAUGAGCUCCCAAGCUGUGGAGAAGAGGAAAGAAACCCUUGCAAGCAUGUGUGAUGAGAGAGCUAGAAUGUUACAAGAUCAGUUUAAUGUCAGUAUGAAUCAUGUACAAGCUAUGUCCAUUGUGAUUUCAACUUUCCACCAUGGAAAAAGGCCAUCUGCUAUUGAUCAGAUGACUUUUGCAAGGUACACGGAAAGAACAGCUUUUGAGAGGCCCCUUACAAGUGGCGUGGCAUAUGCUGUGAGGGUGUUGCACUCUGAAAGGGAACAAUUCGAGAAGCAACAAGGCUGGACAAUUCGGAGGAUGGACACUCUUGAACAAACUCCAGUCCAUAAGGACGAGUAUAACCCAGAAAUCCUCGAGCCAUCCCCAAUACAGGAGGAAUAUGCUCCUGUUAUCUUCGCACAGGACAUUAUUUCACAUGUCGUUUCCAUUGAUAUGCUGUCAGGCAAGGAAGAUUGUGAAAAUGUGCUGCGCGCAAGAGAAUCCGGAACAGGGGUUCUCACUGCGCCUUUUCCGCUACUCAAAUCAAAUCGCCUUGGAGUCAUAUUGACUUUUGCCGUCUACAAGUCAGAUCUUCCCUCAAAUGCAACACCAAAUGAGAGGAUUCAAGCAACUGAUGGGUACCUUGGUGGAGUCUUUGAUAUUGAAUCGCUUGUGGAGAAGUUACUUCAACAACUUGCAAGCAAACAAACCAUCAUUGUGAAUGUGUUUGACACGACGAAUUCUUCACGCCCUAUCAGCAUGUAUGGCUCUAAUGUAUCAUAUGAUGGGUUAGAGCAUGUUAGCAUACUCAACUUCGGGGAUCCGUUCAGAAAACAUGAGAUGCGUUGCAGAUUCAAUCAAAAACCACCAUGGCCAUGGUUAGCAAUAAUGAUAUCUAUUGGCAUCCUUGUCAUUGCAUUGCUUGUUGGGCAUAUAUUCCACGCAACAGUGAAUCGAAUAGCUAAAGUUGAGGAUGAUUACCAGAAGAUGAUGGAACUCAAGAAACGAGCCGAGGCAGCUGAUGUUGCAAAAUCACAGUUCCUUGCUACUGUGUCCCAUGAGAUCAGAACCCCAAUGAAUGGCGUUCUUGGAAUGUUGCAUAUGCUCAUGGAUACAGAAUUGGAUGUAACUCAACAAGACUAUGUCAGAACAGCCCAGGCCAGUGGAAAAGCUCUGGUUUCACUAAUAAACGAGGUUUUGGAUCAAGCGAAGAUCGAGUCUGGUAAACUCGAGCUUGAGGCAGUUCAAUUUGAUCUGCGAGCAAUUUUGGAUGAUGUGUUGUCGCUUUUUUCUGGAAAGUCUCAAGAAAAAGGAUUAGAGCUUGCAGUUUACAUCUCUGAUAAAGUUCCCAAGAUGCUGAUUGGAGAUCCAGGUAGAUUUCGGCAAAUCAUCACAAAUCUUAUGGGUAAUUCAAUCAAGUUCACUGAGAAGGGGCACAUUUUCGUGACAGUCCAUCUCGUUGAGGAGGUGAUGGAAUCCAUAGAAGUUGAGAUAGAAUCAUCGUCCAAGAACACGUUAAGCGGAUUUCCCGUGGCUGAUAGACGUCAGAGCUGGGCUGGAUUCAGAACUUUCAGUCAAGAUCGACCUUCUUGUCCUCUCUCAUCAUCAUCCUCCGGCCUCAUCAAUGUGAUUGUAUCGGUGGAGGACACAGGUGUUGGGAUCCCUUUAGAUGCCCAACCUCGUGUUUUCACUCCCUUCAUGCAGGUGGGCCCCUCAAUCUCCCGAAUACAUGGGGGCACAGGGAUUGGGCUGAGCAUAAGCAAGUGUUUGGUUAACCUCAUGAAUGGUGAAAUUGGGUUCGCAAGCUUACCCAAAAUCGGGUCCACUUUCACUUUCACUGCUGCAUUCACGAAUAUCUGUUCCAAUACCAGCGAGCCUAAGAAGCAGCAAAUAAGCAACCAAUCUAAUCCCAUUUCUUCAGAAUUUCGGGGCAUAACGGCUUUAAUUGUGGACUCCAGACCAGUCCGGGCCAAGAUGUCAAGAUAUCACGUCCAGCGGCUUGGAAUUCAUGUUCAAAUGGCUCCUGAUUUGAAUCAAGCUUUCUCUAGCAUAGCCAGUGGGAAUUCAGUUAUUGACAUGAUCCUAGUAGAACAAGAAGUUUGGGAUAAGGACUCGGCUUUGUCGACUAUCUUAGUCAAUAAAUUAAGAAAAGUAGAUCAUGGCGUGCCUCCAAAAUUGUUUAUUCUAUCUAAUUCCAUCAGUUCUACGAAAAGUAGUUUAGCAACUUCUGGCGUUUGUACCCCAAAUUUCAUUAUGAAGCCACUGAGAGCAAGUAUGUUAGCAGCAUCGCUACAACGAGCCAUGGGUGUUGGGAAUAAGGGGAAUUGCCGCAAUGGAGAGGUCCCCAGUGUGUCUCUUCGCAAUUUGCUUCUCGGGAGAAAAAUUUUAGUUGUAGAUGACAAUAAUGUAAACCUCAGAGUAGCUGCCGGUGCCUUGAAGAAAUAUGGAGCUGAAGUGGUCUGUGCAGAUAGUGGCAAGAAGGCAAUCUCGCUGCUAAAGCCCCCCCAUAAAUUUGAUGCCUGCUUCAUGGAUAUUCAGAUGCCAGAAAUGGACGGGUUUGAAGCUACAAAAAGAAUCCGAGACAUGGAACUCAACAUCAAUAAUUGCAUCCAACAGGGAGAACUAUCAGUGGAAGCUUACGAAAAUGUUUCAGAUUGGCACUUGCCAAUUUUGGCUAUGACGGCGGAUGUAAUUCAGGCUACACAUGAGGCGUGCCUAAAGUGUGGAAUGGACGGAUAUGUUUCAAAACCAUUUGAAGCUGAACAACUUUACCGGGAAGUUUCACGCUUUUUCCAUACUGCAUCAUCAGAUCAGAGCUCUUAGAUAGGACUUACUGGUGAAAAAUGACUCCAGCUUAAGUGCCUGUUCUUCGAACUUCGGAAUGCUAAAGUGGGUUUUGGGGUUUUUGCCAAUGGUGAAAAGCUGGCAUAGCUGAUUUACCUUUUUCCUGAAAUUUUACAGGAAAAUUGUUAGCUUUCAGAGUGUACAUACAAGCAAUGCUCUUUAUAGGUGAGGGGUUCCACUUUCUAGCAUGCCCAAUUCUUUUUUCGGUUUUGUUGUAAAGUUGGCAUCAUCUUUGUAGCAGUAGACAGGCUCCCGAGGAUUGUACCAUAGAAUCUCUGGGGUUGUACUCGCUUCUCGUUCAAAGAACACGAGGUUGCUAUUAUUUGAUGAAGUGUCACGUUCUCUCUGUUUUGCCCUCGGGAGGUUCUAAAUUUGUAUCAUAGAGAUUGAUUUAGUGGCUAGAAUGGAACAUAGCGGCUUAGCGACAGAGAAGAGUGGAUUGUGUAUAUUUUAGGUUGAAUAAAAAUGGAAUGAUACGUACUCACAGUAGCCCAUUUUUCUCAUCGGUUUUGUUUCGAAAGGUGCAAAAAAAAAAAUGUAUGUUCUAUUAAGAACUGAUGUAAUUAUCACAGUAAACCAAUUUGAGUUGUUUCACAGUUUUUGGCCAAUUUGUACAAUUUACUUUGAA